ACGGCCACGUAGAUGAAGUGCAGUGCCUACAUAUGUAUAAAGGCAACUCGCACCUGGAAAUGCACGAAAAAACCGUAACUGAAAGUCUGAAAUUUUGAACUGAAUCAGAAUCGCAAGUUAUUUCGGUUUAGAAAUGCCGAGAAGUAUAGGGCCGUUUCGCGGCGAACUCGAUGAGUCGUAUCGUCCUCUCCCUUCAGUUUACUUCGCUUUACUUUCUGUCUGGUUGGUCUCCGCUUGUUCUUGGACUAUCAACACCUAUAAGAAGCGCCACUUUCAGAUGAACAAUCUGCAGUGGAUGCUGGCAUCGGUGCCACUGAUCAAAGCUUUGCAGCUAAUGCUUUCUUUCCUCUUCUGGUAUUCAUGCUUUUAUCAUGAAAUAUGUUCACUGUGGUUGUCAUUUGGGGUGUACAUAACUGGAGUGCUUUUCCAGACAGCUUCUUUCGUUUCCUUCUUGCUUAUCUCUCAUGGUUACUGCAUCAUGUGUGAGCGCCUUUCAGCAACUGAGCGCCGUGCUACAGCUGCACUUGGCUGUGUCUUUUACUUGACUCUUGUUGGAUACAGGGCUUCUGUCCCAUACUUCACGGUCCUGCUGUUGCUGAAUUAUUUAAUUUCAUUCUAUCUGAUUUUCCGCCAGAUAUCUCAAAAUCUAUCAGUUUUGAGGGAACAAUUAACUUUUAUAGAGGAUGAGGACGUUCGAGACAUGCAUGAUGCAGUGUAUACAAAGUACAUUAUGUUCAAGAAAUUUCAGAGUGCAAUGCAAGUAGUAGCUUUGGCUGAAACUGUGAUAUGCAUUAAUAUGGAUACCUCUUCAGAAAAUUACUGGCUACGAUUGUUAGUUAAGGAAUGGGCUCAGUUCUGCAUCUUUCUGUUCAUCGGAUGGACUUUUCGGCCACAAGAAUUAGCACCCCGGUUCUUUGUGAUGCCAACCGUAAAAUCUGAAGGAGAGAUAAUGUUGCCUCCAAUUUACAGCAUGGAAAUGGAUGCAGCAACUUUCAAUGACUUUAACCGUCAUGCAUGGCACAUUGGAGUGCCAAUUUCACCGUCUUGUGAUAAAAGCUCCAGGGAUUCAGUUAUAGUAGUUAUUCAACAUCCUUGUUCUCUCCCUCGAAUUGCAUAGCUUCCCAUACUACAGAUGCAUCUUCAUGACAGAGGAACAGAGUACAGUACAGUUUUUUUUUUUUUUUGGGCAAGACGGAUGUAGCUGCAAAUUGUAUUCCAAUUUUUCUCGCAGAAUUUUACUUUUCAUAGAAAUUUGAUAGGGUUAGCUCACUUUGAGAUGAUCUGUACUGCCUAGAAAAUGUAUUUGUUGAAAUAUUGUAAUCCUGUAAAAAAAAGAAAGAAAGAAAGAAAUGUAUAUAUUUUCCAUCUUUUUAAUGUAUAACUGUGUCACAAACAUAGACAUGGUCUAACAGAGUAAAUAGGUAUCAGAGGGCAAAGAGGGUUAAAAUUUCAAAUUUAAUAAAAUGUUGCAGAGGCUUUGUAAGAGAGAUUUGAGUUGUCCAUAGCUAACACUUUUACAUAUUCACGGAACUGUCUUGUUACCCUCCAUGCCUUUUUGACUUUCUAGGGUUUCCUUUGCGCAUAGUUUUAGUGAAAGACUUUGCCUUUGUAUAUGGAAAUGCAAGAGCGCCAAUCAAUUUUGCUAUUUCACUAAGGCACAACAGAGAGAAAUAUCAAAGCCCUGUAACGAUCUGUCGUUCACGUCAGAUGAGUAAUUUGAUUAAGAAGUCCAUAGAUGAGUAAUAAAAUACACUAGCCCAUCACCAAAGCAAGCCGUUCUUAUUAAUCUUGAGGGCCAUUAAAAUAUUCUUUUCCUUUUACAAAACAGUGUCGUUUCACGACUCCAGAAUUCGGGUUGGACACCCAGAAUGCAGUCCACCGAUUCAAUUGUCUUCGGUUUUUUGUAUCAUCAUGUACCCCUGGAUUCAAAUCUGAAGAAUCCCUGCAGAAUAUAAAAAUACAGAGCAGAAAGCAUCAAAAUAAUCCAAAUGAGUGCAGGUGGUGCGUUUGGUGGAAAUAGAGGACUAAGACCUGUACCUCCAGAAAAAGGAGUCUUCCCUUUGGAUCACAUGCAUCAAUGCGACGUGGAGAAGAAAGAUUACCUUAAUUGUCUGAAAUCUUCUAGCCAUCAGUCUGAAAAAUGUAGACGUUUCUCCAAAAAGUACCUGGAAUGCCGCAUGGAAAAGUAAAAACUUGAUGGCAAGGCAAGCCAUGUCAGAACUCGGGUUUGGAAAAGAAGAUUCAGAAGCUUCUGGCAGGAACAAUGAGAGUAUUAAUAAUUGAUUAACCAAUGGAAGUAGGUCAUAUGGAUGCACUGUGGAAUCAAAUACUGGAGAUUUAUGAAGUUGAAGAGCUUUGAAUCCGCUGGUUGAAUUGAUCAGGAUUCUCAUUUCAUUUGACUGUACACUUUUCAUUGUUAUCUUAGAUAUAGGGUUGUCAAAUAUAGGAUUAGAUUAUUUUGGCUGAUUUUGUAAUUCAAAUGAUGAUUUUUAGCAAGCUUGAACUUGAUUUUAA